GUUCUUACCCGCGUGUUUGUCUUCGGUUUGGUGGCAGCAGAGAAGUGAGAGUGAGAGAAAAACAAAUGGGGGGUGGUGGUGGGAGCAAGAAAAUAUUGGUAGGUUUGGUGGUGCUGAUGCUUUUUGGGGUUGCCGUGUACUUGAAGCUUUGGACCAUCGACUAUACCGUUUCUUCCGAUGAAGCUGAGCUCUUGAGGCGGCAGUUCGACCUUGCUAAUAGGGAAGCAAUGGAUGAAUCUGCUGAGUGGAGGCUGAAAUACGAUGUAGAAGCAGAAAGGGCUACCAAGUGUAUGAACGAACUCAAACAGAUAAAGGGGUCUUUUGAGGAGGAUGAUGGAAAUGCUGCUAGCCUCAACCGGAAAUUGGUGAAUCUACAAAAGGAAAAUAUGGCCUUGGUUGAACGGAUGGAAGCCAUGAAACAAGAGCUUGAGGCUGAGAAGCUGAAGUGCAGCUUGCAAUAGGUUUUCUGAUCAUCAAGGGUCAAAAGCUUCAGCAUAACCAAAUUUACCUCAUUAUUGUCCAAUCCAUAUGCUCUUCACCAAGAAACUAAUUUCAUGAGCUCAAUCUCCAUUUUGCAAAUUUGCAACUUCCAAUGGUAUGCACGAGAUGCACGUGGCCCCUUACAACUCUUAACUUGUGCUGCUUUCUAGGAAACUGAGAGGUGUUCGAUAAAAUGACUCUGCUUUUCUACAAUGAAUAUACAAUGACUUUUUGCCACCUUUAUUUUCUUGCUUAGUAACCAAUGUAAGUUGUUCAAUCUUCAAUUUAUGUUUUUCUUUUCCUGGAAUGAUUCCUUCUUGUAAUAGUUCUCCAGGAAUUUCGGACCCUGUAAUUCAUUUAAUUGAAAGAUGUGAAAUUUUGGAUGUC